CAUCUCCAUGGUUUGAAAAUAUCCUGGGAAACACUGGGUGCAGUUUGUGGAUCCGGCAACACUGAAACUACCAGCUUGACAAGUGGACACCUUCUACAAGUGUUGCCAUUGGUGCCGUACCAUCCAGCCAUGCAAGACUUGAAUAAAUAACAAAAACCGGUAUAAUGUCUACGACAGAGUGGAUUAACGAGUUUGUUCCCAUUACGUCCACUACGGACAGUAUUGGAAGCCAAUCUGAACAUAUUAGAAGAUUUAGUGUUGCAGGGCUCAUGAAAUUUCCAAGAAAAAGCAUCAACAGCAUUAAAGAACGUUUGUCCAAACGAAAAGGACCUUCCACGAAAAGCCAAUCUAUUUCAGACACUGAGUUACUUCGAGCACCGAACGCAAGAACAAGUAGGACAGCUAAAGGCACAUCAUCUUUAGCUAGCACUAAAAGCGCUGUAUCUGUCGCUACCAGAGCUGUCCCCUUCACAAAAUGGUCCCGAAAGCUGUACGGAAGCGAAAAAGCGGUACAAGAUGAGCAUUUGCGAGUAAUUGAGGCGGGAGGUUUUAUCAUUCAUCCGUUCAGUAACUUUCGCUUUACUUGGGACAUGCUCUCUGCUCUUCUUAUCAUCGCAAACAUCAUUAUCAUCCCAAUGGACCUUGCAUUCUCCGGAGAUCGUCGUGAAGUUGCUAGUAUGGCGUUCAAGUUGAUAUCUGACGCUUGGUUUUUAAUUGACAUCAUACUAAAUUUCCGCACCGGUAUUUCUGUGAUCGGGACGGACAGUACAAUCAUUGAACUGGAUCCAGCAAAGAUCAGAAAUCGGUACCUAAAAGGUUGGUUCGCAAUUGACUUUAUCGCUUCUUUUCCGAUGGACUUUAUUCUCACGUAUGUGGUCGGGCAAGCACCAGGCAAGUCGCACAAAGCUAUUAGCCUUUUACGGGUUGGAAAAGGCCUUUCUUUGAUAAGAGUCGCAAGAAUACCAAGGUUGAUACGUGGUUUGCACCAAUGGGAAGAAGUAUUUAACCUCCAGUACGAUAUGGCGGUGUCCCUGCUAAGACUUGCAUAUCUUAUUUUCAUCAUUUUCCUCGUGUGUCAUUGGAUGGGGUGUCUACAGUACAUGGUACCAAUGUAUUAUGGAUUUCCCGAAGAUACCUGGGUGCGCAUGCGCGGACUGGAUAACCCCAACAUCACGUGGUGGGAAGCAUAUUCCUGGUCUUUGUUCAAAAGCACCAGCCAUAUGUUGUGUAUUGGUUACAGUGAAGUGAUACCGAUUGGUUUGAUUGACUUAUGGAUGACAAUGUUGAGUCAGAUAGUUGGGGCAAUUCUCUUCGCUGUUUUUAUUGGGAAUGCCAUUAAUUUAAUGGAAGAGAUGGACGCGUCAAAGAACGCUUAUAAAAUGAAACUUUCCCAGAUCACAGAGUAUCUUGCGUUCCGUCGUAUCCCAGUAAAACUUCGACGAAAGAUUUUGGACUACUUCGACAUUCGGUACACUGGCAGACUAUUUGACGAGGAAAAAAUACUCAAAGAACUAAGUCCAGGGUUAAGGAGAGACAUAAUCUGGCACAACUGCGCCGACCUCAUACAUUCUGUUCCUCUCUUCGAAGACGUUAGCGACGGUUUUAUUGAAGAUUUAGGAACGAAAAUGGUGUUCACUGUUUACACAGCUGACGCAGAAGUUGUUUCUGAGGGUGAAAAGGCGUUCCAUAUGUUCUUUAUUCUCCGGGGUGAACUAGUAAUCGAAGCUAGCGACGGCAGUUUCAUGCGCGAAAUAAGCGAUGGAAUGCAUUUUGGAGAGACAUGUCUUCUCAACCAAGAGUUAAGAAGAGCUGCUUCGGUUAAGGCGGCCACUAAUGUGCACAUGUACACCUUGCAUAGGCACGACUACCAACAGGUGGCACUUAGGCACCCGGAUGAUAAAAAGAGAAUCGACACAAGAUUUGCAAAACUUCGCGAACGUUCUUCUCAAUACGACUUCAUACAAAAGUGCCAAUCCAACUUCAAAAUAUAAUUGUUAGAAAAACUGAUAAGUAAUCGCUGCCAAUACAAGACUUUUUGCCAACA